AUUAAUGAUUUUACCAAUGAUUUUUAUUCUCAUCAAACUCAUCAACUAAAUAAAAUGUAUAGAGGUCGUGGAGGGCAGCGAGGUGGCCGUGGACGAGGAGCGAGGUCGAGUGGUCGUAAUUCUUUCACACAGUCAGGACCUACAGGACCUCCAGACAAAAUUGCAGAGAUGGGUACUUUCCUUCAUGCUUGCGAAGGUGAUAUGGUUUGCCUUUCAACCAAUAAAAAAAUACCAUAUUUCAACGCUACAAUAUAUUUAGAAAAUAAGCAAUCGAUUGGUAAAGUAGAUGAAAUUCUUGGUCCUAUGAAUAAG